UACAUGGACACAGGGAGGUUUGUGUUUAUUUAUGUGAGACAUUUCCAACACUAACCACAGCUGUAGAUAAUGACGGACAGACAGUGUUACAUGUGAGUUGUGAAUCAGGACACAGGGAGGUUUGUGUUUAUUUAUGUGAGACAUUUCCAGCACUAACCACAGCUGUAGACAAUAGAGGACGGACAGUGUUACAUGUGAGUUGUAUGUCAGGACACAGGGAGGUUUGUGUUUAUUUAUGCGAGACAUUUCCAGCACUAACCAAAGCUGUAGAUAAGGACGGACUGACAGUGUUACAUGUGAGUUGUGAAUCAAGACACAGGGAGGUUUGUGUUUAUUUAUGCGAGACAUUUCCAGCACUAACUACAGCUGUAGACAAUAGAGGACAGACAGUGUUACAUGUGAGUUGUGAAUCAGGACACAGGGAGGUUUGUGUUUAUUUAUGCGAGACAUUUCCAGCACUAACCACAGCUGUAAAUAAUGACGGACAGACAGUGUUACAUGUGAGUUGUGAAUCAGGACACAGGGAGGUUUGUGUUUAUUUAUGUGAGACAUUUCCAACACUAACCACAGCUGUAGAUAAGUACGGACACACAGUGUUACAUGUGAGUUGUAUGUUUGGACACAGGGAGGUUUGUGUUUAUUUAUGUGAGACAUUUCCAACACUAACCACAGCUGUAGAUGAUGACAGACUGACAGUGUUACAUGUGAGUUGUAUGUCAGGACAAAGGGAGGUUUGUGUUUAUUUAUGUGAGACAUUUCCAGCACUAACCACAGCUGUAGAUAAUGACGGACAGACAGUGUUACAUGCGAGUUGUAUGUUUGGACACAGGGAGGUUUGUGUUUAUUUAUGCGAGACAUUUCCAGCACUAACCACAGCUGUAGAUAAUGACGGACAGACAGUGUUACAUGCGAGUUGUCUACAUGGACACAGGGAGGUUUGUGUUUAUUUAUGUGAGACAUUUCCAGCACUAACCACAGCUGUAGAUUAUGACGGACUGACAGUGUUACAUGUGAGUUGUCUACAUGGACACAGGGAGGUUUGUGUUUAUUUAUGCGAGACAUUUCCAGCACUAACCAAAGCUGUAGAUAAGUACGGACAGACAGUGUUACAUAUGAGUUGUCUACAUGGACACAGGGAGGUUUGUGUUUAUUUAUGCGAGACAUUUCCAGCACUAACCAAAGCUGUAGAUAAGUACGGACAGACAGUGUUACAUAUGAGUUGUAUGUUAGGACACAGGGAGGUUUGUGUUUAUUUAUGCGAGACGUUUCCAGCACUAACAACAGCUGUAGGUAAGUACGGACAGACAGUGUUACAUGUGAGUUGUCUACAUGGACACAGGGAGGUUUGUGUUUAUUUAUGUCAGACAUUUCCAGCACUAACCACAGCUGUAGAUAAGUACGGACACACAGUUUUACAUGUGAGUUGUCUACAUGGACACAGGGAGGUUUGUGUUUAUUUAUGUGAGACAUUUCCAACACUAACCACAGCUGUAGAUAAUGAUGGACAGACAGUGUUACAUGUGAGUUGUGAAUCAGGACACAGGGAGGUUUGUGUUUAUUUAUGUGAGACAUUUCCAGCACUUACCACAGCUGUAGACAAUAGAGGACGGACAGUGUUACAUGUGAGUUGUAUGUCAGGACACAGGGAGGUUUGUGUUUAUUUAUGCGAGACAUUUCCAGCACUAACCACAGCUGUAGAUAAGGACGGACUGACAGUGUUACAUGUGAGUUGUGAAUCAGGACACAGGGAGGUUUGUGUUUAUUUAUGUGAGACAUUUCCAACACUAACCACAGCUGUAGAUUAUAGAGGACAGACAGUGUUACAUGUGAGUUGUAUGUUAGGACACAGGGAGGUUUGUGUUUAUUUAUGCGAGACAUUUCCAGCACUAACCACAGCUGUAGAUAAGUACGGACACACAGUGUUACAUGUGAGUUGUAUGUUUGGACACAGGGAGGUUUGUGUUUAUUUAUGUGAGACAUUUCCAACACUAACCACAGCUGUAGAUGAUGACAGACUGACAGUGUUACAUGUGAGUUGUAUGUCAGGACAAAGGGAGGUUUGUGUUUAUUUAUGUGAGACAUUUCCAGCACUAACCACAGCUGUAGAUAAUGAUGGACAGACAGUGUUACAUGUGAGUUGUAUGUUAGGACACGGGGAGGUUUGUGUUUAUUUAUGUGAGACAUUUCCAGCACUAACCACAGCUGUAGACAAUAGAGGACAGACAGUGUUACAUGCGAGUUGUUUGUUUGGACACAGGGAGGUUUGUGUUUAUUUAUGCGAGACAUUUCCAGCACUUACCACAGCUGUAGAUAAUGAUGGACAGACAGUGUUAUAUGCGAGUUGUAUGUUUGGACACAGGGAGGUUUGUGUUUAUUUAUGCGAGACAUUUCCAGCACUAGCCACAGCUGUAGAUAAGUACGGACACACAGUGUUACAUGUGAGUUGUCUACAUGGACACAGGGAGGUUUGUGUUUAUUUAUGUGAGACAUUUCCAGUACUAACCACAGCUGUAGAUAAUGACGGACUGACAGUGUUACACGUGAGUUGUCUACAUGGACACAGGGAGGUUUGUGUUUAUUUAUGCGAGACAUUUCCAGCACUAACCAAAGCUGUAGAUAAGUACGGACAGACAGUGUUACAUAUGAGUUGUAUGUUAGGACACAGGGAGGUUUGUGUUUAUUUAUGCGAGACGUUUCCAGCACUAACAACAGCUGUAGGUAAGUACGGACAGACAGUGUUACAUGUGAGUUGUCUACAUGGACACAGGGAGGUUUGUGUUUAUUUAUGUCAGACAUUUCCAGCACUAACCACAGCUGUAGAUAAGUACGGACACACAGUGUUACAAGUGAGUUGUCUACAUGGACACAGGGAGGUUUGUGUUUAUUUAUGUGAGACAUUUCCAGCACUAACCACAGCUGUAGAUAAUAGAGGACGGACAGUGUUACAUGUGAGUUGUCUACAUGGACACAGGGAGGUUUGUGUUUAUUUAUGCGAGACAUUUCAGCACUAACCACAGCUGUAGAUAAUGGCGGCCGUCAUUGCCUACAUUAUAUAGCUAAGAAUACAUCAGAUGUAGACAUGUUCACCGAGUGUGAAUCACAUGUAAAACAAUACAUAGAAUCAUCAGGAGGUGAGUAUGACAUCACAACAAUACUGGACAGGGAGGGCAAAUCUGUUUUAGACACAGCAAAG